ACCGGGAAAAUACUUCAGACAGGCCGAUGUGCGGUGUACAGUGGAGGGCGGCCUUCUGGGAUCUUUUCCCAGUAAGGUAUAUAGCCAGUUUAGCCCUGUCGUAAGCAUUCUCAUAUUGCCCAGCUGUUGCUCUGAUAAAGCACGGGAGCUUUAUCAGUGUCAGGACGUUCUGUAUCCUGCGUGUGCGCCCCACUCCAGAAAGACCUUUGUCUCAUGCUUUAGCAGAAGCCAAGAAUAUGCUCGCUACAUGAACGUCGUUUAUGCGAUCACUGACGCCAUGAAUGCGUUACUCAAGACGACCAGGAUGCGCCAGCUCAUCGUCUUGAUGUUUAUUGCACUGCGGACUACUGCUGACCCAACAACGCAAGACGUCUGUGCAUCCAGCACAUGCCAGUGUGUCCUAAACGGAAACAAUUCUACCGUCGUGUCAUGUGUCAGCAAGUCCUUGAGUCAAAUACCGGGGCCGAGCUCGUGGCUACAAGACAGAAACGUUAUUGGCGUGGACUUCAGUCAUAACAACAUCGUCGAAAUCACGCGCCUGGGGCCUUGUUCAUCGCUUCAGAGUUUAGAUCUUCAUUAUAACAGCAUUCGCGAGGUUCCCCCAAAUAUUUUCAGUGGCUUGGACAACUUGGACGUCUUGGACUUGGGCCACAACAACAUCGCUGAGAUUCACACAGAUGCAUUUGAGGGCUUGUUGAAGUUGACGGUGCUUAAUCUAACGGGCAAUUUCAUCGAGACCAUCCACCCCGAUACGCUGAGUAAGAUACCAAACCUGAAACACUUAAGUCUUUGCGGCAACAACCUGAAUGCGGUGGACCCGCUGUUGUUUCAUCACGUGAGAAAUCUGGAACACCUGGACCUUCGGAUGUCGGGUCUGAGCAGCCUACCAGACAACGCUUUUGAACAGUUGUCGUCUCUGAAUACGUUAGAACUUUCUGAGAACGAGUUCGAAGUCGUGCCAACAGCUGGCCUACGCAGCGCACGGGGGCUCAAGUUACUGCACUUUGAGAACAACCCUGUGGUGACCCUGACGGCGGAAUCCUUCGAGCAGGUGACCGCGAUCGAGUACUUGCACCUGUCGGCAAUGCCGUCACUCACAACUGUCGAAGAAGGCACCUUCGUUGGCAUGAAGAGCCUCAAGUUCCUGGACUUGGGCCAUAACCCGCAACUCAGCUUCAUUCAUCCCGGUGCCUUUUACACAGACCCGGCUGAUCAUUCCACACCGUUGGAGACUGUUUACUUGGGAUACAAUAAUCUCACCUCACUCGGAUAUCCUGACUUUAAUUGGUGCAGCAUCCCAGUCCUGGACCUCAGAGGCAACCCUUGGAACUGUGACUGUUCUAUGACAUGGGUGCAGACCUGUCGAUUCCAUUCAGAGCUGACCGUUAAUUUAAGAUGUAAGGAGCCAGCGGAUGUAUCGGGACUUCUAAUCUCCCAGCUGAGCGUCAGCCACCUCAAGUGCCCACAGCGAAGCCCUGCUGUUCCGAUCACCACAGAUGAGGAACAGGACCAUUUUUCUUUGCAUGUUUUCGCGGUGAUGGCUGGUCUUCUUGGCCUGAUGAUGGCCCUCACUAUUGCCCUUGCCGCUUUCAAGUGGAGGGACAUCAAAUACUGGAUACAGAACCGAAAGCGUGUUGGAGCUGUCUAUUAUGUGAAGGCUCGCACCAAUCCUUCUCGACCCACGGAUGUGUAAUGCUAUAGUCGUCAUCCAUGUAUACCGACCGGAGGCUGCUACUGCAUAUGAGUGCAUUGGACGUACCAGCACUCCACGCGGACGUGUGAAGCACGACGCCUAUGCGUGACGCGUACGUGGAUCAUCUGAUGCUGCCUCGCCACAAACAAGAGACUCAGAACUAUGAGAUCGCGGUUUUGCUUGUCAUUGUCCAACUGGGUGAUACAGUAUCGGACUGAAGUCUGAGGAAAUCGCGUCCAACCGGCACAAGCAAACAUUGUUUCGGAAGCAAGAAAAGGUGUUUCACCCUGGAAAGUCAGACCCACGGAAUGCGCUAGUCUUUUUUAGCAACUGGAAUGAGACACUGUAAUAGCACGAUAAGUGAAAUGCUCAUUCUAGGGCCCGGUGUGACGAUUGCAAAGAGCGUACUUUCAAUCAGAACCGAACCAGUAUGUGAAUUUCCAUUGCCUUCCUAUUUUGUCUCGAUUCAUUAGCUGAGUGGCCCCUGUGGGAUUGUCCACUUACCCGUUAACAUUUUGCAGCAAAGGUAGGUGGUGUUAGUUGUGCUUGCUCCCACGGAGCGAAAACCAUGCUUAGAUGAGGGGUCUCAAACACGUAGCCCGCGGUCACGCAUUCUUCGUUUCAAAGCCUUUGGACACUGUACCGGAGGGUAGCUGCCCUUUCACAACGUUUAACGAAGUAUUAGGAGUGUAGCCAGCGUUUCAAGCAUUGUUUUUACCGUUGCCUGGUGUAGCACUGCUGUCCUUGUCCAUGUUAGGCAACACGUCCGUAUGUGAGCACCAUAUGCUGCUUAUAAACCUCAACAGAAGCUUAGA